UCUUCUUUGAUAGAAAUAUCGCCCAUUGUCUCAUCCAUUUCACUGAACAGAGAAUCUCUCAAUCGAAGCUACCUUUUUGCAAUCUCAAUGGCGUCCUCUCUCAUUGCAAAGCGCUUUUUCUCCUCUUCUCUCCUCUCCAAGUCUAUCAUUCGUCCCGCUGUUUCAGCCUCUCGCUCUUUCAACACCAACGUCAUGCGCAACUACAACGACCGGAACGACGACGUUGAACGUCGCUCAGAACUCUCUUCCCCUCGUACCACACGUCGUGACGAUAUCUUCUCAGACGUGCUGGAUCCGUUUUUCCCUACUCGGAGUUUAAGCCAGGUUCUAAACAUGAUGGAUCAGUUCAUGGACAAUUCGUUCCUCUCUGCGCCUCACGGUAUCGGAGCUGGAGCCGGAGUUCGUCGCGGAUGGAACGCGAGAGAGACAGAAGAUGGUCUGCUUCUUCGCAUGGACAUGCCUGGACUUGGCAAAGAAGAAGAGAUAUGUGUAUAUCUCUAUCAAAGAUCAAGAAGCUCAGAAUAACAAAUAACUUCCUUCCCUUCCAUACCAAGCUUCAUCUUGAGGGACUCCACAUUCACAAACCUCAUAAGCUUCUUGGCUUCCGAGAAUGAUAUAAAAUGUUCUCUUUCAUUACCAUUAUUGAUACCCCCACCCGCAGUUGAAGUUGAUACAACCCUCUUUAUUUGAUUCAACAGAAAAGAUAAAGGCGUCAUCCCACCACCACACAUCAAAGGAGGAUCAAAAGGAUGAAGCUUUUCCCUAUGACCAUGACUAACACUACCAAUUACAGAUACCCUUUGCCUUAGAAAACCACCACCAGCACACCAUCGCCACCUACCCCACAUUUUUCCAGAACCCAGAUAGAAAAAAAAAAUCCAAACUUUAUGAGAAAAACACCAGCAUCACAAAAAAUGGACACUGCCCAGUAAAGUCACCACCAUGAAAAAUCAACAACCUUCAUCUCCCCUCUCAUCUGAAACAUUCAAAACAUAUUGGUCACUAAAACCGGUGCUCAAAAGUAGCAACUUCCAAAAAAGGACUAGCAAACAAGUAUACUUUAAUAAAAAAAAAAUCCUAAGAACGAGAGAAAGAAUCUUUGUGUGUGCAUCUGGUAACUUUCAUAAAAAAAAAUACCUUAGAGAGAGAAAGGAAGGAAGGAAAGACAAAGUAAUUGGAGAAGGGAAGAGAAAGAAGAGGAGAAAGUGGAUUACUACAGAGUUGCUACGUAGAAAUACUUUCAUUUUUUUAUUUAAAAAAUUGAAUUAUCCAAGUGCUUUAGAUGACCA